AUGAAACUUGAACUUAAAAGACGAGCUUCAAAGAAACCACAAAAGAAGAGCCAACUGGACGGAGAAGAAUUAGAAUUUGGUAUGCGUGAAGAGCUAGAUGAAUACGGUGUUCGUUCCAUUUUGAAACCGGAAGAUCAGCUUCAGCUUACUGAACAGGAACUUAAAGAAGAGAUUACACGGGUUCUAACUGCCACUAACCCUCAUGCUCCGCAAAACAUUGUUCGGUUCAACUUCAAGGAAGGUCAGUACAAGCAAAUACCUCAAGUACAACAAAUGGCUAUUCACUUUUGGCAUGAAGGUCACAUGUUACCAAAAGAUUCAGAUGAAGCUAGGAGACAAAUGGCUAGAGAUGGAACUUUGCAACUCGAGGAAUCUUCAAUAGAAGAAGACAACAAGGAGGUGGUUUUUGGAACUAAAGAAAGAGAUAUUCAGUCGCCACAAAAGAAAUUGACUAACCAAUUCAACUUUUGUGAGCGUUCUACUCAAACAUAUAACAACCCUCAUAGAGAAAGGGGAAAUAUGACAGAGCCACCACCAAGAGCAAACUUUUCUGCUAACAUCACCCAGUGGAGUAUAUAUGACGACUACAUUGAGGACUUUGAAAGACAGCAGGAAAAAAGCAAAGAUAAAAAACCAACUUCAGUAGGUCAGAAACAGGAAGCCAAGGUGCGAAAGAAGGUUGUGCAUGCAGAAACACAGGCAGAUGACUUAAGUCGCUUUGCUCGACCCAUUAAAAUCGUUGAACGCAUGAUAAAUCAGAAUACACAUGAUGAGGUGACCCAGGAUUUCAAAUACUAUGAAGAUCAGUCGGACGAAUUUAGAGAUAAUCAGGGCACUUUGCUACCUCUGUGGCUGUUUACCUUCGAGAAAGCCAAGAAGCUUGCUGUAACUUCAUUGUGUUGGUCUCCCCAAUACAACGAUCUUUUUACAGUUGGUCAUGGUUCAUACGAUUUCUUGAAACAGUCCAGUGGUUUGAUUUGUUCAUACACACUAAAAAAUCCAAGUUACCCAGAAUAUCAUUUUGAGACAGAAUCAGGCGUACUUUCACUGGAUAUACAUCCAACAAUGUCACAUAUGCUUUGUGUUGGAUUUUACGAUGGAGCAGUCGGAGUUUAUAGCAUUAUACAGCAUAAAAGUGGACCGUUAUAUUUAAGUACAGCGAAAACUGGUAAACAUACAGAUCCUGUGUGGGAAGUCCGCUGGCAACCACAUGAUUUAGAUGGAAAUUUAAAUUUCUUUUCUAUCAGUGCAGAUGGCCGAGUUACAUCGUGGACAUUGAUCAAAAAUGAUAUGGGUCAGUUUGAUGCAGUAAUACUGAAGAUGAUAGCGAAUUCUGCAGACAAUACCGAACCAUCUCGUCUUAUCAGUCUGGAUUGUGGUACAGCAUUUGACUUUCAUCGUACACAGAACCACUUGUUUCUUGUAGCCACAGAGGAAGGAAUGGUGUAUAAGUGUAGUAAAGCAUAUACAUCACAAUACUUAACAGUUUAUGAAGCUCAUCAUAUGCCUGUUUAUCGUGUAGCCUGGAAUCUAUUCCAUCCAGAUAUAUUUAUCACCUGUUCAGCUGAUUGGACAGUAAAAAUAUGGGAUCAUAAGAAAAGUAAACCAGUGUUCACAUUUGAUUUGGGAUCACCAGUUGGUGAUGUCGCAUGGGCACCAUACUCUUCAACUGUAUUUGCAGCAGUUACAGCUGAUGGUCGUGUACACGUCUAUGAUCUAUCAAUUAAUAAAUAUGAACCAUUAUGCAACCAUAUAAUCAUUGUUGGUGAUGAUCGUGGACAAGUGAACAGUUUGAAGCUUUCACCUAAUCUACGUAAAAUACCAAAGGAAAAGAAAGGUCUUGAUCAACCGAAGGGACCAGAAGUUGAAAUUAAGAAAUUGGACAAAAUUUUAAUGCUAGUUGGUUGA